GCCUUGCACUAGUUAGAAGCGAGAUAGAAGUAUAAGACGGGCCCCGCCGGCCGAGCCCCGCCACGAUGAACGCCGGAAACAUUAACCAGACGCGAAAGGUACGCAAGUUCGACGCCGACGAACCAUUCAUAGUAACCGAGGCCGCCAGAGCCCGCGCCAUGUCUGCAGACUUCUUUGGAAUUGGAGCCCAGUGCCAGGCCGAACACUGCAGACAACUCGACUUUCUGCCAUUCAAGUGCCAGAGCUGUAACGGAACAUUCUGCCUCGACCACCGCACCGAAGACGGCCAUGCCUGUGCCCAAAAAGGCGCAUUUGGUCGUCGCAACCUCGAAGCCUUCCGCAACGCCCCAGCGCCGAAUAAGCUGAAAGAUGUCGAUCUCGAUACCUACAAGCGACAGUGCUGCGAGCCGACGUGCAAAACCACAAUCAACCACGCCCUGACGACCGGAAUCUACUGCGAGAAAUGCCGACGAGCUUACUGCCUGAAACACCGCUACGAGAGCGAACACAACUGUGACAAACUCGUCCCUCUGGGCCUCGUGAACCCUCCUUCCCCACUGAAAGAGAAGCGAGUCGCUGCAUUGGAUAGGCUGAAAGCAUGGGGCAUGAGCAAGAAAUCAAGCUUCGCUCUGCCAGAAAGCAAAGCCAAGAAGAGUGCUGCCGCGGACCUUGCUGCUGUCAGCUCGCUGAAGCGCACUGCGAAAGGUGAAGAGAAGAUCCCACAAGAGAAGCGUGUAUACGUCUUCGUGGAGGCCAGCUCGGAUACCGUCACAGCCAAAGUCCCCAAGGGCAACUUCUUCUACAGUACCGAGUACUCAGUCGGCAGAGUCCUGGACCUUGCAGCCAAGAGCUUGUCCGUGUCCAACGUGAACAACCUCUCCCCUCGUGAGGAGGAUAAGCUUCGCGUGUUCCACGUCGAAGGCGGCUCGCUUUUGGAUUUCGGUGACAAGCUGGGACAGAAAGUCAAGACUGGAGACACUAUCGUUUUGCUGAGAGGUGUGGGAGCCGGGAUGGCAAGUACUCCAGACCAGACGAAUUGACAACAGCCAUGAGACAUGAUUGAUUAGCGAGGUGUUAAUGGAUAGAUCUGCAUUCAUUGGGCGGAGUUAUGUAUUGAUUGAAUGAGUGUGCGCCAGACACAUUGAUUGCGUAGGUCUACGACACAGCUACAAUUCCAGGACUCGAAGUACAAUGCACAAAAUAAAGGACCCUUUGGACCGCAAUGAUUGCAAAGUCGAUUGACUACAGCCGUACUGAUGUGAUCUUUAGGUAGACAAUAAUUCAACGCUAAUCCUGCAUGAGCGCCCCUCGGUUCUCCUCACAAGACAUCGCGUCUACCUCAACGACGAAGGCAGCGAAUGGCACUCUUACCACGCGUUGUUUCGACCUGAACUCGAUCAUGCACAACUUUUCAGCUCUUCCAUUGACAAGCAACAAGCUCCAGAUCGUUAAAGAUCACCACCCUCACCUCCCGUCUCAAGCUGCUCUGCUCUCCCCAAGGGCCCCCAUCAAAGUCCAGCC